GCGUAGGAUGAAGAAGGAGCUCUCCUGCUUGCAGAUCUACUGGAGCCUCCACCAGGGCUUGGCUGGGGGAGAAGAAUUUUACGAAGUUUCGCCUUACGAGCCCAUCCGCUCUCCUCUCUCGGAUGCCUCUAGACUUGCUUCCAUUGUCUCAGCAGGGACAGACUCCGCGGCCACCUCCAGGAGCAACCCCUGCCUGGAUGCGGCCAAAGCCUGCAACCUGAACAACAACUGCAGGAAGCUGCGCUCGGCCUACAUCUCCACCUGCAACAAAGAGGUGUCGGCCACUGAGCUCUGCAGCCGGCGGAAGUGCCGCAAAGCCCUGCGCCAUUUCUUUGACCGGGUGCCCAGCACAUACAGCUACCGGCUGCUCUUCUGCCCCUGCAAGAACCAGGCCUGUGCGGAGCGCCGCCGGCAAACCAUCGUCCCCGACUGCUCCUACCAGGAGAGAGAGAAGCCCAAUUGCCUGGCUCUACGGAGCCAGUGCCUAGCGGACACGUUCUGUCGGUCAAGACUGGCAGAUUUCCACACCAAUUGCCAAGCCUUCCUCGCCAGCUGCUCCAGGGACAGCUACCGGGCGUGCCUGGACUCCUACACUGGCCUGAUAGGUUUGGACUUGACCCCCAACUACGUGGAUGAAAGCUUUAGCAACCCAGUGCUCUCCUUGUGGUGCUCCUGCCAAGGGAGUGGCAACAUGGAGGAGGAAUGUGAGAAAUUCCUGAAGGACUUCACUGAAAACGCUUGUCUCCGAAAUGCAAUCCAGGCCUUUGGCAAUGGCACUGACCUGACCUCCUCCUCCAAGGCCCUUCCGCAGCCGCUCCUCACCAUGCCUCCCUCCGUAGGAAGGACUUCGUCUUUGCCAUACAGUGUCAAUGACAGCAGCCCUGUUGAUAACACAAGCGUGAGCAUCACCUGCAUCUCCACCGAG